GUGGCCAGAUUUGCUGUCGAGGUGACCCUGAACAGAAUGCCUCUUAUUUAAGAGUGCCAGACCGACUGUAAAACUGUGCCUAUUUGUUUGAGGUUUCUGCAGCCUUUAUAAAAAAUAUACAUUUUCAGCGUUAUUCUACUGUGACACACACGCAGUCGCACCCAAAUAGAGUUGUAACAUGAAUGGGUGCAUAUGAUUUACAGCUGUGAUCUGUGCUGACAACAGAAAUAUGAUUCCUUGUAUAACAAUAAAUAAAAUUUCUUUCAGAAAAAUUUACCUAACUUGAUUUUGUAUUUAAUCAUAAUGGUUUGUAUGACAGGUGUAAGAUUGUGAGAAUUGAGCCAGACACUCAAACAAUUAUAGAAUUUAACAUUUUCUACGAUGGAUCUGCAGUAUUCAAAGACAAUGCACAGGGUGUGAAUGUUUCACUCGGCCCAGGUGGCUCCAGCAUCAGAAGUGGCUGUACGAUGCGAGGUUUGAUCCUUGAAGAACAGGCCGGUGAUGGAAGGAGCGUCGUCGUGUUUAUUGACAGGAGGACCGAGUCAGAGGCGACGCCGGUCUCGUGGCACGUGGGCCGGCCAUGGCCGGAGCAAGCAGGCAGCAGCCACCCCACAUCUCGGCUGCUACGCGUCCACCAGCACUCCAACUCCUACUCCAGUGAGUCAUGUUCCAGCGAGGCCAGUACCCAGCAGUACGAGCGACGGAACGACAGAGGGAGCCCUUUGCGCUGGCGCAACGAAGGUGGCUCUCCCCAGGGCCUGGCCCAGCGCUUGCCGCUCGCGCAUUCCACGGGCAGCAUCGACCAAAUCGUUGCGUCCCCCGCGCGGUGGACGCCCCGCAGCCGCACCGACUCGGCCUACAGCUCCCUCUCCACGCCGCAGCCGGGGGCGGACGCCGGGGCCGACGGACCUCCGGCGGCCUCGCGGGUGUGCCGGGGCUGUGCCGGCGGCCUAUGUCCCGUCGCGGGAUGCCGCCACUUUUCAUCUGCGGAAAAUCUCCUGGGCUCCUCGCAGCCCUCGCCCGCGUGGGAGGACGGCACCCGCCAGCCGGAGGGGCCGCCCACGGGCGAGCUGGCGGCCCGCGAGCGAACCCUGCGACGCGUGAGCGCCACCUCGGACCUCGCGAGCCACUCCGCAGCGAACAGGUGGCAGAAGGCGGCCGCGUCGUCGCCCCCGGUGCCACCGGCACGAAGGGACAGCCUCCGGUUGAAGCGGCACCUGGACCGGGGCUCCCCAUUGUGCGGCACGGCACAGCCGGCCACGCUAGCCGUGUGGUCGCACCAGAUCCACCGCGUCGUUUCGGGACCCGUGCAGCCCAACAGGCCGUUGUUCGCCGACGUGGACGUGAGUCCCGUCGGUACCCACGGCGGGGAGCCGGACAGGGAGAGCCGCUGCGUGCAGCGCACGGACAGUAAGGCCGCGCACGCGCAGCAGAAGGUGAUGGCGCACGCAGCGGAUCACCGACUCGGAAGCGGCAAACAGAAGCCUGCGGUACCGGCCAGACCCUCCAGAAAAACUUUCCACAGUCCGCGCGCGGAUGUGUGUGCACCGGAGGACAAUGCGACCCAAGUUUCACAGAAUGGCAUUUACAAGGAAAACAGGCAACAGGCUGGACAUGGGGGGACGUGCGUUGGAAAUGAAGGCAUCGUAAGUGGUGGGGUUUCAGCCGCCUUUUUGCAUCAAGAAGAUCAUAACGGCAACUACAAGUCAUCGCACAGCAACAACGCAGCGCCACUGCCGGCUGAUAGUUUUCUGGGAAGCGGCGACGUGGCCGGAACGCUUGGACUAACAGGCAACGUUUACAACAUCGUCCGGGUUCAUUCACCCAAUGAUAUGAGCAGAAUUGGACCGAAUGAUUUUGCACAGCUCCGACGCACUGAAAAUUGGGGACUGGACUCUCCUUUCCAUCAUGAUAACUUGAUGCACUCUAGAGAGGCCAGUGAGACGAGUGUAAAUGAUGUGAACUAUCGGUCAAAUUGUGCGGAGUCCGCUUUUGGCUCCGCGCAUUCGGAGAGGUUUUUCUGCAUGACGGCACAGCAGGUGCCCGAGCCUGGCACGCCGGCUGGCAGGGCCCGUACGGACCCAGCGGGAGACGCCUGGCCAUGUGCCACUCCCGCAGAGCAGCAGUUCCGGGCCUACAGGCUCAGGGGCCAAGAAGACGGCAGCUACUGUCGGCGCUCGGUGGAGCCGUCCACUCCGCACUCUGCUGCUGCCCCACACCCUCGGCACAAGACUGUCGACAGGACCAGGAGCAAAAGCAGCUCGGAGCUCAACAGCUCUGCGAGCAGCAGAGAUCUGGCGACUGACCACAGGCGGGCGCAUGCAAGCUGGAAAGAGCACGACGACUUGUUUUCUGGUAGUUCCGGUUCUUUCAAUCAGAGGUCAUUUUCUUCUGAAAAUGUCAUCAGUGCUGAAAAAACCCCGAUGUUGCACUUGUUAUCGAAGGGCUACAGCAACGCAUCCGGCAGUGAUACAGUUAUUGAUAAUCUUGCAUCGCCGAUUAAAUAUCCAUCACCGCUGCAUAUGCAUUCCAGGAAUUCUCAUGGUGCCGUGGCUGGUGGUGCUGCGAUGGAGAUGGCACAAAAGGCGAAUCUGUCUGGAGUCCGAAGCAGAAGUGUGGAGCUGAUUGAUAAAGAAGGCAAUCGGGAAGACAGUAAUAUUCCUUCAGCCAGCGAUGAGGCAUUCACGAGCUCUUACAGUCAGAGCAUUAAGGCAGCACAGUCCAAGGUAUUAUCAGCAACCUCAUUUAGUCGCAAAGACCUUAACUUUAAACCUGUGCAGGCUCCGCUUCUGUCCAAUUUUUCUGGUUGUAAUAAGACCACUAGAUGGAAUCACGUUCCAAGCUCAGGACAAACUCCGCAUCCAAAACCCCAAAAGAUGGAGCAUCCGGUUCAGCAAAUGAGCCUGGAGAAGCCAGCACCACCACAAACACUGGACAUGGAGACAAGUGCACGUGCGUUCCAUCCGUACGCCCAGAAGCAGCUGAGUGCAGAGAUGAAGAAACGCUCAUACUCUGAGCCUGAUAAGCUGCACGAGAUUGCCCGACUCGCCCUGGCACCCGUACGCAGAAUCGACGCACCGUGCACGGAUCCCGACAAUGAGUGGAGUAGCUGCGUGGAUCACAGGAAGAGGCCGGAGCAUGAGCACGGGGGAGGCAGCAGCGCACUUCAACACAGACCUGUGCUCUCCCGGCCGCCACUCCGCGAACAGCAGCACAACGCCCUGGCCGCCUUCAUGGAGAGGAAGACGGGGAGGAAGCCCACUACCAAGGAGACUCACCCUCUCAGUGCACCGCCUUGCGAAACCACUCGCAGGUUCUUAACGCACCAGCCAAACUCGUAUGAGUACAGGAAUUCAUCGAACAAUCUGGAGUCGGGUAGCCACAGUGGAAGUGACUCCACUCCCAGCCCCUUGUACAGACCCACUGCACAGCAAAUGUCAAUGUCUGAAAUGAACUUGAACCACUCUGCCCUGAGGGAGCUCAAUAGCAGGGAAGAUGGAGUGCAGAAUCUUUCCAGCAAACCAUCCGAUUCACUUUAUUUCUAUCAGCAUAAAGCUCAUCAUCCUCGUCCUCGUGGGGAAUUGAUGACCGCGUCCAACUCCAACAGGAAGGCUGACAAGUUUCCCUCGGCAGAAGAUCUGCUGGAACGACCCAGCCACCCCGUGCACGUCCGCUCCCGGUCCUCGCCAUCCGACCGCAUCGUGCAUCUGGAGCCGACGGAUGGGGAACUUGGUGUCACCAAAUUUAGCUGCAUGCUCGUGCCAGCCUCCCGAGGGCAUGAAACGCAACAUGGGCCCAUCCCUGCUAGAGAAAAGGAAUUCGGAGUGUAUCCAGUGCCUUCGGGGACCAGGCAAAGCAGCACCAGCAGCAGCACUGAGAAGGGGGAAUCGAGCUCACAACCGAGAGGUGUCGGGGAUCAUGCUCGAUCCUUCGGAGUUCACAACCCGCGAUGGUCCAAGCAGCUGCCAGAACAUCACGGAGAUGAGAGGACAUUUCCAGACAUGACUUUCAUAGGCUCGGAGAGCUGUAAUUCGUUGUGGAAUGAUGGCGGGAAUUCAGUAGCAAGCCAGGUCCUUUCUAGAGCGAAAGAGAGGGCAAGAAUCAAGACUCAGCAGGAUCACUUACCGGCUGCUGUUGCAGAAGCUGUCCCCCUCGGACAGAAGAACCCAGCGAGGUCACUAUCAGCAUUUGAAGACGAAACGAGCCGUGGGGAUUUAGACAAUGAAGCCAAGGUUUUGCUGGUAGAACACGAAGGCCAUAAAAGCCACGCAAGAUCAGAGGGGCACAUUGCUCAUCCAGAUGCUAGAGAUUUAGAACUGACGGAGUCGGCAGUAGCUGCAGGUCCUAUGGACAGCCUCGUGGAGGAAGCAGAGCUGAUGAACCCUUCACCUCCACCUCGGCCUCCACUCCCUCAUCCAGAAAGCCUAGGCUGGAGGCCAGCUGUUAAAAAUGGUCAAGUGCAGUCGGAUAUCUUAAAAUCUCAACACACGAGCGCUUCUGCAUCAUCUGGUGGGAGUUCUCAGACUCGCAUUCUGUUAUCUCAAAAUCCAGACUCUCCAUUUACACCAUCUUCCCAGAAUGAAGAUGGUGACGAUGAUGUUUUCAUGGAUGUGGGGAGGGCAUUCCAUCCACCCGUACCACAGCCUCCCGGUUCUCUGCACAUAUCUCUGCAGAACGCCUCUUCCUUUGGGGAGCAAACCGGCCGGUCCCAAACUGGCGUCUGCUCCCCUGCGCCCAGUCACCCUGCCUCCUCCGUGCCGCCCAGUGAGGGAGCUGUGGACGUGGGGAUCGGCGACUCCGCUCUCCGCACUAGGACCCCCAAGAAGGAGCCGCAAGGGGCAGCCAAGCAGGGGGAGCCAGCCGUCCCCGAGGCCACGCACGACGCGGUGCCAGGAGAACGUGGUCAGUCUGCCCUGCUCACUCCGAUUGCCGGACGUCCACAACAGCGGCCCAGGAAGAGGAGACCUAAGCCGGUGCCGGAUGUGGAUGAGCGACUUGCCAGGGAGCUGCUGGUGGCUGUCAUGAAAGCCAUGGCCGAAGUUGAGCCAGGGGUUGGAUUUCCCGACCUCCUGCUGCCCGAGAACCAGGCACACGCUGCUGCACACAUGAUGCAGGAGUUCUUCCCAGAGAUGGAGGAAGCACUGGAGGAGGAGGAGGAGUGGGAGGAGGAGGAGGAGGACAAUCACCGCCCCCCCUCACAAACACUGGUGUACGAUCGUGCAAGCCCGAGCAGAGCGUCCAGCGCAUCUCCACAGCCCUGCGACACCUCCACGCCAAAAUCUGCCCCUGAUGAGCAGACGUGUUGCAAGGAGGGCCCCCAAAACAGCGCUGGGGACAAUGACAACCCUCCCAGCCAGGCAGCAGACGUGGACAUCACCAACAUGAAGGAGGAGCUGCUGCGCUGUGUGGAGCGGCAGCUCGAGCGCCUGAAAAUGGAGCGGGCGCAGCUGGCAGAGCGCGUGGGCAGCGCGCGCUCCCUCACCCGUGCCGUCGAGGCGGCCGUCCAGCAGCGCUGCCGGCCGAGCGAAGUGGACAAGUUCUCCCAGCUCAUGUCUGACAUGGACACGCUGGUGUCCCUGCUGCUGUCCAUAUGCGGGAGACUUGCGCGCACCCAGAGCGCCCUGGAGGAACUCGAGUCUGACGGGAACCCUGAGAGCAGACGGUCGCUGGAGAGCAAAGCACAAGAUCUGCGCGUGAAGCGCGAGGACGCUCGGGAUCUGCAGCAAGCGCUCAAGCGGCGAGAAUGCUCCAUGGCGGCCGUGCUGGCGAGCCGCUUGGACGACCGGGAGAUGAGCGACUACUGUUAUCUGACGCGCCUCAAGCCGGCGCUGCUCAUCGCUCACAAGCGACUGGAGGAGAGUGUGCGUCUUCGCGAGCAGCAGGCCCGCGCCUUGCGCGAGAGCCUGCCUUGGCAUGUGGCACGAGUGGGCGGCAUGGAGGUCACGGACGGUGAGCUCGGUGCCGCUCCGUAUGUGCCGGCCUCGCAGGCCUCGCAGGCCUUGCCGUUGCCAGACUCUUUUGCACCGGCUGCUUCUGCCACUCCCACCGCGCUGUGAGAUUUGUGUCGUGUUUUACUGCGAGUCCACCAAAAAUUGUGUCUUUAGUAAUAAUAAGUUUGUUCAAAAGCAUUUUGCACAGUUUGUGAUUGUACAACCAUCAGCACUCUUUAUUUAAAUCCUAUAAAUCUUAUUCCUUGCUCCACCAAGCUAAUGCCUUCCAGUUUUGGGUAUAAUGUUGUUAUCUUCUUUCCUAAAAAGUGUAAUCUUUGAAGAUUUGUAAAUAUUUUUAAAAAGCUACGAUAUUACAACUUCAGGAAGCAUAUUAUUGUGGUUGGCGAACACAAUGACCUGCCCCCUGCAGCAGAUCAUCACUUUCUAGAACUGCAUUAGUGUAAAAUAUCUUGUUGUUUACCAGGACCACUGAGCUAAUGUUAUUGACAGGCAUCAUGGCAAACGCUUUACAUUUGGAGUCGGUGGAUCAGGAAAACUUCAGCGUGCUCUGGAACCAACCAACAUGCGGAGAGCGGUGGUCACUAGGUGAAGGCACAUCAGGUGGGCUGCUGGCCUAAACGACUUUGAAGUGUCAUGCCAUUGAAUACAUGGGGUUUAUCUGUGUAUUGGUAUUUGCCAGUCUGAAAAGAUAACUCAUACAUAUUGACCAUCCUUCCCAAGCAGGGUCCCUCGUAAAAAGAUUCCUGAAAUUCAGUGAAGUUUGCCUUAUAAUGGAUUCAUGUCAUUGAUAGAUGCAUGAGACUUUAAAUAUUUGCAGGAGGUGGACACUUGUAGUUGCCACACAUUGUUAAUUAAUACCGCCGAUUAUUAUUAAAAAAAUCCACCAUGUGGAAAGUAAACGCUCACGUGAUGAGAUGAUAAUCUCUCGAUCGCAAGUUCGAUCGGAAAAGCCACGCGCACGGGCAUGAAACGUGCUUUAGGGAUAUCACUUCUAUCAAGGAAAAUGGAAUAAUUUUUUUAAGUUAAUAUUUAUUACGUCUAUUAGUUAUUCUGUUUCAAUGUUCUAACUUAAAAAUCUACUACCCUGGCUACAAAACACUGACUUCAAUCUGCUAUUAGUGGUUUGUUUUGUCAUUUUUUUUAUGAAUGUGCGUGUGGCAUUGGUUAAAGAACUGAGAAUUGUUCCAUAUUUGGAACCCCUGUUUAGCAAAAAUGCACAUCCCCAGCAAAAAGUAGAUACAUGGACAAACAAACUUACCUUGCAGCACUUCAUUGUCAAAGAAAACUGCCCCACAGAGAAUGGCCUUGUCUUGGGAUGUAACUCACACUUUUCCGUCUUCAAAGCUUUGGCAUUUUAAAGCUUUUCCAUACCAAAUUACAGAACUGUAUACAAAUUUUUUUGGGAACAUUUAACACAUUAGGGAAUUCCAUAAUGUCAUCAGAAUGUCAGCUGUUUUUUUGUGGAAAUGAGUUAUUACAUUCCCAAAGAAUCAUCUAAACAUAUUCUGCCAAUUGUAGAACCCAUUCCAGCAUCUCGGCUUUGAUAAAUGGUUUAGUCCGAGGGCUAUGCAGUGGCUGGGCCUGUCCAGGGAGAUGUGGAAUUGUCCAUGAAGCAUGCUUCACCCUACCCCUCUUCACGACGUGAUUAAUUUAAAUGUUACAAUUUUGGAUCACAAUUCUAUUCAGGAAUGCCUUUCUGCUUCAUUUGGUUGUUAUCUUGUUCCGUCGUGUUCAUUCCAUUACUUUCAAGGCAUACACGAUGUAUAUCAUAAAUAGUUCUUACAUGUGAAAUUUGAUGCUUUUAAUGUGAGUGUAGGAUUCCAUUUUGAUUGAGGAAUAAUUUCAUGCUGAGAGCACACCCUUCCGCAGUGACCGGGGCGCAGAGCGAGCAAUAUCCACCGUGUCUUCUGCCCCGCAGGGCAAAUUGGCUUGAGGCUUCCUGCUGCUGUGGCCAGGUUCCAAGGAAUGAUGAACCCGUUGUGUGCACGUGUGCUUGCAGAUGCCAGCAGUCACUCGCAUGCUAGGAGUUUUAAUUUUGUACAACAUACAGGGUGGGUGGCAGAUCCCUACAUCAAUUUCUCUCCUUGAGUUCAUCGGAACUUUGCAGACAGGGUUAUCGGGGCGUCUGGCGAACCGUUUGUUGCAAGAAAUAUGCGUUAUGCUUUCCAUGUUUUAUGUAUUUAUGCAUAUUUCUAUGUAUUGCUACUUAUGUAGUGUGCAUAUAUGCAUGAUACAUACGUGUAUGCUGUGUGCAUAUAUAUACAGACAUAUAUUCCACGCUGAUGAAUAGGAUGACAGUUUGCGAAAUUGCUCCACACUGUUAUCCACACACACAACGCGCGUACAGACUGAGACCUUCCUCGAGUAGGGACAAUGUCUCAAUGGAAAUCCUGCCCCAGGACUGGCUCCCAUCUGCUGAGCGAUGAAUGCACGCGGACAUCUCGGGCCAUGUUUGCCGUCCGGCAGCACAGCUCUUAAAUCUGAGCAAGCCUCGAGCACAAUGUGUUUCAUAGAAAUAGUUCCCUGUGCUGCGCAUGUCGUUCCAGCUCAUAAAUUUUACUCCCGGUGAACUCAGGGCUGGAAAACGUUCUCAAAAGAUAUCGGUCCAGUAGCCUAAUGCAACAUUUGCCGUAUUGACACAUUUACAUGAUCUCGGCAUAAUAAAAAAGUGUACAUAAGGUAUUUGUUUAAUUAUUGCCCGUAAUUUCAACCAUUAUGAUUAUAAUUUCGCAUAUAAAUGAGUUUAACAAAUAAAUGGCCUUAAAUCAGGCCCUUAAUGGUCA